ACAUAAUUUGAAGAUAGAUUCAGUAAAGUCUUUGCUAUUAGCUCUUUCUUUUAAUAUUACUAAGUUGCUCAGCAGAUCAUAUGACAACGCGAAAGGGUUUAUUUGUUGUCAGGAAAAAGUUCUGGGGUAGAAUUGUAAAUAGACUGAAAUAAUGAGAGCCGUCUCAUUUUUAAGUGAUGGUUACAAAAUCGAAAUUGGAAAAUUUAAAAAAAAAAAAAGGAAGCUGCGAUGGCUGCUACAGUGCUCCGGCAUUUCUGUCCAAUUACAUCGUCCCUGAAACCACCGUCUCGCCAUCGGAGAUUCCUACACCACAAUUUAUUCCCCAAAAUACCCCUUCCUUCUUCUCUUAUCAAAUUCGGCGCCGAUAACUCCGAACCCCAACCUCCACCACCGCAGUUGCCGGAAACCGAUUGUCCCGUUCCGCCGGAACAGCAGCCAAUCAACGAGUAUCAAUCUCUCUCUACCUCUUUCCCUUUCUCCUGGGCUUCAGGAGAUCUAGUCGAGUACUCUACAAGACUCUUCUUCACCGGCGCUUCUUUCGCUUUUUUCGUCGGGUUACCCGUUUCCUGGUUCGGAUCCAUCGGACCCGAAUACGAACCCGUUAAGAGGAUUCUCGCCGCCAGCUCUAGCGGGAUCUUCGUUGUUACGCUUGCUGUUGUAAGGAUGUAUCUUGGUUGGGCUUAUGUCGGUAAUCGUCUUCUUAGUGCCACCGUCGAGUAUGAAGAAACUGGGUGGUAUGAUGGUCAGGUAUGGGUGAAAACACCUGAAGUCUUGGCACGAGACCGUCUUCUUGGAUCUUUCUCGGUGAAACCAGUCCUUGCGAGAUUGAAAAACACGCUGGUUAUUCUCGGAUUAUCGCUCAUUCUUGUCAUAAACCUUGGUGAUUCUCCAAUUGCAACGUCUUAUAGAACAUAUAAGGAUCCUAGGGACAGAUCCUCCCUGCCAAUCCCAGGAGCGUACAAUGAUGAAACCGCAAGAACGUUUGAACCGGAAGCUUUCUGCGCUGAUUCAGGAGAUGUUGAUUUUUCAAUACUCAUAAAAAACGAAAUGUAUAAUGUCGAUAACCCGUCUGUUUUCUACACUUGCCGAUCAUCAAAGAAAGACAUUGGAUGGCACAAAUCGGUUCCAUCCUCAGAGUUUCAAUGGGAAUUCGAAGUUCCUCAGUUUGGUAACGGCGUGAUGGUCCACAAAUGUAGUUUUCGGUCAAGCGCAGGAACAGCAAACGUUGAGAUCAGGACAUUAUCUACUACGGCGAUGCUAUGCGAUGGACAAACAUGUAAAUACGCAAUCAGACCUAAUGGAAUUUAUUUCAUUGGUUACGAGUUGUAUUCUCCUUAUGCUAUUGUUGGAAGGUAUAUUGAAUUGUCGAGGCCCGCGGAGAAGCUAGUUGAGCCGUGGAAACCUUGGUCACCGCAACAACUCAAAGCUAUGUAUCGUACAAAACAAAUGGUCCAUGAUUCGGAUUGAGAGGUCGAUGUCGUCGAUCCUUGGACUACACGCAUCAUUAUAUUAUUUAAUGAAUGUUAAGUGAUUAU